CGGCGGAGUCACUUUUUGUUUUGUCGCCUGCGGCUGAAGUUCGGACGCAGCCGCUGCAGCCGGAGGCGCCGCGGACUCAGAGGAUUCAGACUCUUUCCACCGAGAGGAACUCAAGUCUUCAGAGGAGAAACUUUUUAUUUCCUCUCGGUCUUUUCCGUGAAUCAGGAACUCUGCAGCGGACUCACGCGUUUCCACCUCCAGCUUUUCACCGUGCUUCUAUCUCCGCUGCACGUUCCUCUCUCUCUCUCUCCUGCUAAAGGAACGGAAGGAGAAGAAUUGCGUGUUCGUGCGGGAUGAGAAACGUGCGGGUCUGAGGAGAUAUCAUCUCUGCUGGGAAACAGUUGAAGAGUCUGAGCAUCCGUCUUCCUGAAAAAAGUUCAACCAAAAUGGAGAUUUUCUGGGUGUGUGUGUUUCUGAAGCUGCUCCUGAUGUCCGCUGCUGCCAGAGGCCCCCCCAGGGUGUCGGAGCGGGUGGCCCACCGGCAGAGCAUCCGCAUCGGCCGCACCAUGAAGCUGCCCUGUCCCGUGGAGGGCGACCCCCCGCCGCUCAUCAUGUGGACCAAAGACGGACGCAACAUCCACAGCGGCUGGACGCGGUUCCGGGUGCUGCAGCACGGCCUGCGGAUCAAAGAGGUGGAGACGGAGGACGCCGGGACGUACGUCUGCAAGGCCAUCAACGGCUUCGGCAGCGUGAACAUCAACUACACGCUCAUCAUCAUAGAUGACUCCGGCUCGAGAGGCGGAGCAGCGACGGCCAAUGGUGACGGAGAACACGGCCCGGAGCUUGCCGGGAAACUGGUGCGUCCACGUUUCACCCAGCCGGCAAAGAUGAGGAAGCGUGUGAUCGCUCGCCCGGUGGGCAGCUCGGUGCGUCUGAAGUGCACGGCCAGCGGGAACCCUCGGCCCGACAUCGUCUGGCUGAAGGACAGUCGGCCGCUGGCGGAAGAAGACGGCGGGAAAGACGGGAAGAAGAAGAGGUGGACUCUGAGUUUGAAGAACCUGACCCCGGAGAACAGCGGCAAAUACACCUGCCACGUCUCCAACCGAGCAGGAGAGAUCAACGCCACCUACAAAGUGGAAGUCAUACAGCGUACCAACUCUAAACCCAUCCUGACCGGCACUCACCCUGUCAACACCACCGUGGACUACGGAGGAACCACGUCGUUCCAGUGCAAAGUCCGCAGUGACGUCAAGCCGGUCAUCCAGUGGCUGAAAAGAGUCGAGGCCGGGGACGAGAACAAAUUCAACUCCACCAUAGAGGUUGGAGACCAUCGCUUUGUGGUGCUGCCGACAGGAGAGGUGUGGUCGCGCCCGGAUGGCUCUUACCUCAACAAGCUGCUGAUAACCAGAGCCAAGGAGGAGGACGCUGGCAUGUACAUCUGCCUGGGAGCCAACACCAUGGGCUACAGCUUCAGGAGCGCUUACCUCACCGUGCUACCAGAUCUGAAGCCCCAACUCAACUCUGUCAUCACGGCGACCUCCCCAGGCCUCCCCUGGCCCGUCAUUAUUGGAAUACCCGCAGGCGUCGCCUUCAUCCUAGGCACCGCCCUCCUCUGGUUCUGCCAAUCAAAACGCACCUGCUCCUCCUCCUCCUCCCCGUCUUCCUCCUCCGCUCUGCCCGCCCCCCAGCGUCUACCGGCGGCCAAUCGCGAGCGAGCCUGCCCGACGCUGCCCGCCCAGCCGUCCAACGGGGAUAAAGAUUCCGUUUCGUACGAGGACUACGUCGCCCAUCAGCAGCUGCUCCAGGCUCAGGGGGGGGCGCCGGCGGCUCCGAAGGUCUACCCCAAGAUCUACACGGAUAUUCACACGCACACGCAUUCGCACGUGGACGGGAAAGUGCACCAGCACCAGCACAUUCACUACCAGUGUUAGCAGCGAGGCUACGGCAGCGAGCGUUGGGUGUUUUUCACCUUCAACUCUCGGGUGAGCAUGUUCCUGUGCAUGCAGACUCCCACAGUCCACACUAACUGCUGACGUGCACGGAAAAACCACAUGCAAAGAGACACGGGAUCCCGCAUUUCUUCCUCACUUUGCUGCAGCCGUGGACUCGAGACACAAACGAUGAAGAAUGUAAAGAGAGAACACAAAGAUCUUUAUUUUUGAACCACAUCAUCGCAGAGAAAAAACCCAAAGAACCUGUUUGAAUCGAACCUCCUGUGGAUUAGAGCCUCCUGUGUAAAUGUAUAAAUCUCUCACCGUGUUGCUCAAAGGCCUCAUGAGGCAACAGGGAACUCACAGUUUUUUUACAGCAAACCAGCAAUUUAUCUGCCUCUGUUCUUUCAGUACAACCACAACCUCCUCAGUAUGAUCACAGCUCACUGUUCACUACCAGCCUCCAAAUAUAGCUACUCGUGUAUAUAGUGGAAUAUGAUUAUACGGCUUUUAGCAUGCUACGUCGUUCCUGGAUAAUCUAUAAAGAACAUAUAGCAUGUGUGUAAUGUAAUAGCGUAGCUUCAGAGUAUAUCGGCCCGACUGAGCCAUAAGAACCAGGACUGGAGACUGACUCCUCAGAGCCCGCACCCCCAGCAGAGAUCAGGCCACCGGGUUUUCCUUCAGGCCGACAGCUGCUCUCAUAAGUGUUCCAGCUUCUAUCUGCUGGAAAAGAGCUGAUUUCAAUCUCUCUGCAGCUACGAUGGGAUUUCUGCUAAAACCAGGGACCCCCUCUCCCGACAGCGGUUGCGGAAGUAAUCAUUAGAUCUCUCCAGACUCUCGAUAAGUCCUUUCCGCCCCCUUUUCUACUUCCUGCAGAAUGGUGGCAUUUCCUGUUUGCAUUGUCUCCCUUAGCGGAUUGUGUUUGAUGCUUGCAGACUUGCGAGAGGGGUUUGAAGGAUAUCGGCUCUCGUCGUGUGUCAUAGGCACAAAGGGAUCAUCCACGAGGCCUCGGUGUAAAAACGCUGCCUCCGGAGAAUUGCUUCCAGAUUUCCCGGCUCACACUCGGCUCUGUGGAUAAAUCACAGGUCCUUGUUAAUCUGCUAUAUGGUUUAGAGGGCUCGAAAAAAAGAAAAGCGACUUAAACUAUGUAACUCGAGGAUGAGACUUGCAAACGUCAUCUCUUCAGGCACCUCACAGGUCGAGCUGUUCUUCAGACUAUCUGUAGCUGAGUGUCUUCACAUUUCAUAAACCUGUCUGGUAGAUCUUUUAUUCAGUCGUCUGUAGAGUUGACGCUCACUUUACAAACUUCUACAAAUAUCUCAACAUUUAGAUUUUCUCUUUAUCUGAGUACAAUUGGAUCACCAUGGUUUCAUAUUCACUCAAUUCCAAAGCUCCGACACUGCCAGAGGUUUCGAGUUCACUUAUUGAAAUACCUGAACCUCUUUCAAACUGAACUGACUCAGCUUGAUUGAUUUUUCCCUCCUUAAACGUUUAUUGCAACUUUUUAAAAAGGUGCAUUCUUCGACAUAUUGAAUUUUCAACUGCAGUGCCUUCAAUAACCCUGAUGACCCAAAUGUUAUCAUCAACACCUUACAAAUACUUUAAAGGUAAAAUAAUGCUGUAUAACUGGUAACUUAACUGACUUUCAGUUUAGUUUUCAUUACAUUUAGAGCCGCGGUAGCACAUUUAUAAACUCGUCUUUACCACUAAUUUCACAAACUUUACACAAAAAUAUUUUUCAUCAAUAUCCAUUAAUUAUUUGCUUUUAAAUUGGGGAAAAUAUCCCAAAACAUGAUGAAAAGUGAAAAACGUCCCCGGUGGAGGUUAACAAACCCCCUCAGUCCACAGCCAUCCACACCAGACUUGCUCUUUCUCAGGUUUCCAUCUCCUCGUUCCUGUGUGUUCGUGAAUCUGACCACUAAAUGAAAACUGUGUAAAACGAUACGCUGUGAUAAGAUUUAGCUCUCAGCUGUUUUACGUUACAGGUUUCUCUCACUCAGAAGUGAGGCAGCUGCGCAGAGACGUUUUAAUAAGAUACAAAAUGUGGGGAAAUGUAGAAAUGUACUGUAUAUAUGUGAAAUAUGAAAGAAGCUGUAGGCUCGUUAUGUAGUUUUAUAUAUUUGUACUGUAUUUAGUAAACAGCAGGCGUUCUCCAGGACGUCUGAAGUACAACAGUGAGAACUUUAAACAGCCAUGUGACAGGAAGUGAUCUAUUGAAAUCACCUGGUUGCACAUGGGAUCGUUUUCUUCAGCAUAUAUUUUUGCACAUAAAUCUUUAAACUCAAAUACAGAAAUGUACAAGUGUAUGAAUAUGGAUAAAUAAAUAUACGCCCAUUUUGUUAAAAUAAUGCUCACAGAGGUACGUUUUGAAGUUGCCCUCAAGAAAAUUAGUUUGAUACCUGUGGAGUUCUCGAUGUGAUUGUACUGACAGACAUGUUUUUUUUUAAUAAAGUAAACUCAGCCCACAGAUAAUCUAGACAUAAACUGUACGACAGGUAACAUUAACAGCAUCUCAUGCAUUUCAAAUCUGAACCUAAGUCCUGCUCUCGUACUGAGAAGUCCACGCUCCUGAAUGAAGAUAAGAAUAAACCCAGAUGUUAUUGGAAGGAUGAAAACGUCACUCAUUUCUUCCAUUGUUCUCAUGUUACAUGUUCAAACCUGUGAGUUUGAUGUGUCAAAGCUAAGGGACUGCCAACAGACAGACUGUAUGUACGUGCACCUACCACUAGUAUGUAAAUGAACCGGCAUUAGUGUGGAAAUUAAAAUAUCAGAUCAUUAGAGUAAAUGCUUCUGACCAUAAAGUAGCUCGGCACAUGAAACAUUGUUAACGCUAAAUUGUCUCAACGUUCAAAAAGGUUUGUGCUUCUUAUAAGUGUGCGUCUAAUUUAUUCUCUUCAAAUCAUGUUUGUUAUUUUUCAUAUAAUUGGGCAUUAUACUGCAUGAGUGGAUUUUGUGUUAUAGUCAUAAUGUAAGCUAUGUAGCGAACGCCAUGUUCAUGUCAUUGUAAGAUACUGUAUUUAUAUAUGCCGACAGAAUAUACAAAAUUUUAUCGAUAAUCUUUGUAUCGACAAUCUUGUACAGUCCCGUCAUCGUCAUUUAGGAUACAUAAAUGAUUUUCUCCCUUUGUAAUCACGUUACUGGUGCCAUUAAAAAAAAAUAACUAAAA